AACAGGAAAUAUGCCAAUCAAGUUCAGUGGGUGGGAGGCCUGCGCUGAAAAAACAAAGCACCUGCAGCCAGGCCAGGCUCCAAAGAGAAGUCACGGCUACACGAUGUACCAUGGUACACACAAGAACACCGCCCCAACUAUCAUCUCAUCAGGAUUCAGACCGUCUGCAGGAGGAACUCUGGGACCUGGAGUCUACUGCAGCAGAGACAUUAACAAGGCCAUGUCCUACCCAGGGUUCUGUGGCCCCAAUGAGAGGGUGGUGCUCCAGCUGAGGGUAAGAGUGGGGAAGGUGAAGAAGAUUGACUCCCAAAGCUUGCAUCUUCAGACCACGUGGCACCAGCAGGGGUAUGACACAGCCUGGCUGCCCUCCAGCAUGGGCGGCAUGGAGGAGGACUGUGUCUGGGAUCCGAAGCGACUGGCUGUGGUGGGUAUAGCUCACUGCACUGACUCUGGAUUAAAGACGUCUUUGGAGAACCUUAUAAAGCAGCAGGGAACCGGAGCAGCGCCGGGUCAGAGUGGGCCAGCAGGCAGUAAGUGUGCAGGCUGUGGGAUGCACACAGCGGAUAAACAUGCUUUAGAGAAGUGCUGGAGCUGUAAAAAAGAUAUAUGUGUUUUCAUGCAUAAGCAUGCAUGUGUAAAGAGCUGAUUAAUGAAAUGCUUAAUGCCUAAUAAAUUGAGGAAUUGUUUGGUUGUGGUUAAAGCUAAACACUACUGUUGGUUAUGCUUGUGCAAUUAAUAAAAUAAAUUUAAAGUCUAAUAUUUAGUCUAAGCUUUAAUGACCUUCUUAACAUCAUUGUUCAGAUUUCCUACCUAUAAUCUGGGCCAGAUAAUAACUACAUUACAGUCAUCACUAACGUUAAUUUUAGUGGCCCUGCAAUGGAACCCUGUGGUCCUCCAAAUGCUGUGCUAAUUGUUUAAAUGAUAACUGAUUCAUGGGGUCAAUACUUCUGUAGGUUCAACAUGAGCUAAACAGAAUAUACCAAGAUAUAAUGGUGCAGGACUAUCUCUAGCCUGCAAUCUGAAAGCCUUAAGGAUGAUAGUUUUUAAUAGUAGUUACAGAUAUACAUAUGAGUAAAUUUCCCAAUAAAAAUAUUGUCAAUUAU